GGUGCAAUAUGCUAACAAAUGUGGCAGUGUUUCUCUAUCGUUUUGUGCUUCUUAAAAUUUAGACGUUAAACCUGCUGCACAGGAAAAGGUGGAAGAAGUGAAAAAGGUGGAAGCGAAACCAGAAGAAGCAGCCAAGAAGCCGACUGAUAAAAAGGUUGCUCCGAAAGACGAACAAAAGCCAACUCAGCCGGCCACCGAGCCCGCCAAGGUCGAAGAGGCCAAAGCGAAACCUCAAGACGUUAAACUUGCUGCACAAGAAAAGGUUGAAGUGAAACCAGAAGAAGCAGCCAAGAAACCAUCUGAUAAAAAAGUUGCUCCAAAAGACGAACAAAAGCCAACUCAGCCGACCACGGAGCCCGCCAAAGUCCAGGAAGCCAAAGCCAAACCUCAAGACAUUAAAUCUGCCGCACAACAAAAAGUUGAAGAAGUGAAGAAGGUCGAAGCAAGACCAGAAGAAGCUGCGAAAAAGACGUCCGAAUUGAAGCUUGGUCUCAGUGAAAAGGAUUUUGAAACAAAUGUAGUCUCCGCCGUACCGGCGGUUGCUGCACCUAUGAGUCCAAUGGAUCAGGAUUUCUUGCGUCCGAGCUUUACAUUACGUUUGAAACCGACGGUUUCGGUUACGGAGGGCGAGAAGCUGAAGCUUGAGGUUCGAUUUAUAGCGCAGCCUGAACCGAAGGUGACAUGGUAUUUUAAAUCGGAUGUGCUUGAAAAUGGUCCAGAUGUUCAUUUGGAGCAGAUUUGCGAUGUUCACAUGUUUUGUUCAACGUUAACAAUUGACCGAAUAAGUGCCCAGUAUGAUGGAAAAUUUAAAGUCAUUAUUAAGAAUGAAAUUGGUGAAAUAAUGGGUGCCACGCAAGUCAGUGUGAAACGAUCACCCAUCGCUGUUAAUUUACAGAAAACACCAGCGAAAGAAGUCGUUCCAAUACAACCAACAGCUGACGAUGAUGAUUGGCGAUUACUUGUCAAAGUCUUAUCAACAAGACAACGCGUCACAUAUAUGCAAUCAUCACAACAACAAUUACAUCAACGAAGAGGGAGGUCACCAUUGACGACGGCGGUAAAUGAUCAAUUAGGUGGAGAUGCGAGCCUACUGGGCUCUGUUGCUCCUCAGCGUCGUAUCAGUGGUUUGGUUGUUCCAGAAGGGAAACCAACAUUCUCCAAACAAUUAGAAGAUCUUUUGGUUCAUGAAGACGACGAAAUAACACUUGAAUGCGUCGUCUCCGGAAAUCCACUACCCGAUCUCACUUGGUUCUUUAAUGAUCGUAAGAUCAUACCAAGUAAUAUUUACGUGAAAAAAGUUGAACAAUUAAAUCCACAUACAGCUCGUCACUUUCUCACUAUUGGUCCUAAACAUAAAAAAUUAGGUGCAUACAAAGCACAAGCACAAAAUCAAUUUGGUUAUACUGUGAGUGCUUGUCAAUUGAGAAAGUCAGCAGAAAAAUUAAACAGUCGCCGAGCGGCCUUUGAAGAAAGUGAACAACAACAACAACAACAACAGCAGCAACAACAGCAACAAGCACUUCGUCGACCUAGCGUAACCCCUCAAGUAGAACAACAACAACAAAUACCGGUGAUACUUCAACCCCUGAAAUCAUUCCAGUCAGAAUUUGGGCAACCGAGUUCACUAACAUGUAAAUCGUUACACGAUACAAGUAUUCAGUGGUUCAAGGAUGGAAAAAAAAUCGAUCAACAACAACAGGAUACAAAUUUGAUAAUAAAAAGUGAACAAAAAUCAGAUGGAAACACUCAUAUUUUGAAUAUAAAACAAUUUAAACAAGAAAAUAUUGGUACAUAUGAAAUUGUUGUCACAAAUCAAGUGGGAAAAGUCAAUUCACAAUGUCAAUUGGAAGCAAAAGGCAUUCCUCCUACGUUCACUGUCGAACCCAAAACAUCUAGUGUUAAUAAAGGAAACAUGGCUGAAUUUACAUGUCGUGUAGCGGGUAGUCCAAAGCCCGUCGUUUUAUGGUACUUAAACGGACAACAAGUAAAAACUGGUGGCAAAAUAUCCACGUUGGAACAACGUGGUUUAUAUCUAUUACGAAUAAAUAAUGUUGUGGACACAGACUGUGGUACAAUCAAAUGUGUAGCAAAAAAUGUCAUAUCCGAAAUUGUUCGAGAAGUACAAUUACAAAUAGCAGGUGAAACACGUCCACCACAAAUUAUUGAAAAAUCUGAUUCACGUGAAGCAAAUCUCAAUGAAACUGUUGAAUUUAAAGUUAAAGUCAGUGGAGCACCAAUACCCACAGUUACAUGGGCAAGAAAGGGUGUGGUUGUGAAUAAUAGUGAUUUGUACAAUUUACGUACAGAAAAUGAUGUCCAUUAUUUAACAAUUAAAAAAGUCAUAGCUGAAGUUGUUGGAGUCUACACAGCCGUUGUUUCUAAUACUCAAGGAAAAGUGUCAUGCAAUAUUGAAUUAGCCGUAGCUGGUCUAAGUAGUUUAUUUACACGUCCGUUACGCGAUGCAACCGCAUCACAAGGAAAAGUGCUUACACUUGAUUGUGAAGUAGAUAUUAAGAAAGGUGUACCAACCGUUAUUUGGAUGAAAGAUAAACAACCACUGACAAAAACGGAUCGUGUUGUAACUACCGUGAAAGGAAAUAAAGUACAUGUAUUGACAAUUCAAAAAGCGACAGCAGCAGACGCUGGAUAUUACAGUAUACAAGCAAAUUUGGGAAACGAAAGUUCAGUGUCUGAUGCACAAGUUACAGUUGAUGUUCCACCAUCAUUUGUUCAAAAACCUGACACACUGACUGUUGUCGAUGGUCAAGAUGUUGAAAUAAAUAUCGAAGUAGCUGGUCUACCUCCACCAGUUGUACAAUGGUCUCAUUUGGCUGAAGACAUCAAGUCAAACAAUAAAUUUAAAAUUAGCUCACCACAAGAAUAUCGACAUCAAUUACGCAUUAAUCAUGCUACAGCGACUGAUGCGGGUGAUUAUGAUAUUGUUUGUACAAAUAAGUUGGGUCGUAUUAGUGCAAAAGUCAGCGUACGAAUAUCAGCACCGCCCGUAAUUAUUCAACCAUUGAAAGAUAUACUCAUCCCAUUGAAGCGAAAUGCUCGUCUUGAAACAGAAAUUCAGGCAUUUCCUGAACCAACAGUUGUUUGGUCCAAAGAUGCUCAACCGAUUAAAUUUGAUCAACGUGUUUAUGCUGAAGACCGACGUGGUGUCUAUACAUUAGUAUUGAAAAAUAUUCAAAUAGAUGAUCAAGGUUUCUAUGUGUGUUCGGCAAAAAAUCAAUUGGGAAGUACUAAAACAUCAUCACAAUUAACUGUUGAAGUUGCUCCAAUAUUUUUGCAAAAAUUAGAAAAAUUAGAAGGUGUCGAAAAUUGUGAUAUUGAUAUUCGUGUACAAGUCGCUGGAUAUCCCAAACCACAAUUAGAAUUUUCGUUUAAUGGUCGAACAAUUGAUAUGAGGGGACGUUAUAUUUUAAAAGAAUUGAAAGAUGGUUGGUACGUGUUUACAAUAACAGCAGCAAAAACAUCUGAUGCUGGCUCAUAUUCAUGUACAGCAACAAAUUCACUUGGUCAGGCAUCGUGUGCUGGAAAAUUAACAUUGUAUUCGUUAUCACCUCCAAAGUUUACUAAGGAUUUGGCAGACGCUAUUUUUCCUGUUGGUGCAUUGCUCAAAACUUCUCUCAAAGUUAGUGGUUUACCGUUGCCUCGUCUAACAUGGUUGAAAGAUAAUCAAGUAUUUGAUGAAAAUGAUCGUAUUAGUAUCGUCUUUGACUCACGCACAGCAUCAUGGACUUUAACUAUUCGCGAUUGUCUUGAGUCCGAUACCGGUGUUUAUGAAUGUCGAGCAAAAAAUCCAGGUGGAGAAGCAUCAACAAAAGCUACAUUCACCGUUAAAGGUGAAGAAGCAACAUUUGUCGAUACACCAGAAAAAAUUUCAUGUCUCGAAGGUCAAACAGCCGUAUUUGGAUGUCGAAUAUCUGGUGAUCCAUAUCCGAUAGUACAAUGGGCUAGAGGAAAAACAAAAGCAUUUACGAGUAAUCAAAAGUAUUAUUUGUAUUACGAUGAUGAAUUAGAUGCACACUUUUUUGAAAUAUCAAAUUGUACUAAAGAAGAUACGGGCACGUAUACAGUAACAGUACAAAAUAUUCAUAAUACAGUUACUAAACCGGUUACAUGUUUUAUAACAAAUAAUCCAGAAGAAGUUAUCGAUUAUAAGAGUAUUCUAAAGAAAACUGAACAACUGAUGCGUCAAGGUGAAGGUGGCCCCGACUGGGGCAAACUUAAAAAAGGAAAAGCAAUUAAAAAAGAAGGCGAUCCUGGAUGGCAAUAUUCAUUGAAACAUUUUGAGCAGACUGGUGAUGCAACGCUUAAACAGUACGAUCAAGCUCAACCGGUUGAUUUAUUGGGUUUAACUCCCUCUGAAAUAACUGGCAGACGUUCUCGUUCGGGUACCGAUACUGGCGAAGGUACUGAAGGUGAAGAUGGUAGAAUGUUAGGUGCUCCUAAAUUAGGCACAGGAAAAGAUCGUCGAACAAGUCGACUAGGAAUGGUCGUAUUUACGAAACCAUUGCAAAACGUAACUGUAUUCGAAGGGAAAACUGCAUCAUUCGAAUGCAAUGUAUCUGAGGAUGCUGCUACUGUCACAUGGUACAUAAAUGACAAACCGGUACCAUCCACAAGGGGUCAACUAUUAGCUAUUGGAAAAACGAGACGUCUUGUAUUGAAAGAUUGUCAAUUGAAUGAAAAUGAUAUGGUAAUUACAUGUGAAUUAGAUCAGGCCACAAAGUCAACAGCCAAACUAUUUGUUAAAGAGGAACCAUUCGACUUUACAGAUAAAUUGAAAAAUGUCAAAGUUAAACGUGGUCAUCAACUUGAAUUACAAUGUUCAGUAAAUAAACCAAAUAUUAAAUUAGAAUGGCUUAAAGAUGGUAAACCAUUGGAUAUAAAUGAACCGGUGAAAUAUGUCGUCGAUGGUUUUGUUCACAAAUUGAUAGUACCAAAAUCUGAAGAUAAAGAUAAGGGUGUAUACACUGCUCGUCAUGCUGAGCAACAAACAGAAGGACAGGUUGAAGUUCUGGGUCCACCUCAAAUUGUCAAACCACCCACAGAUGCCAUAUUACUCGUUACCCAAGGAACCACUCUUACUGCUGAAAUUAUUGGCUUACCGAAACCUACUGUUACUUGGUUUUACAAAGGUAACGCAAUUAAAAGCAGUCAAAAGUACCAGGUUGAUGCCAAAAAAGAUGUCUAUACGUUGACAAUACAAAAGGGUGACGUGGGUGAUCAAGGUGAAUACACGGUAGUAGCCGAAAAUGCUGUUGAUAAAGUACAAGCAACAGCAAACGUAACAGUUUGUGUGAAACCUAAAAUUGAUAAAUUGGCUGAUGUUGCUGUUAAUAUUGGUGAAAGUGCUCGACUUAUUUGUCAAUUUUCUGGUACACCACUACCGACACUUACGUGGUACAAAGAUGGUCAACCGCUUACUACAGGUGAUCGCUAUACAAUUACUGAAGAGUCACCAAAUAUUUCGGUCUUGACUGUGCGUGAUACAGUAAUGGAAGAUAAAUCAGUUUACACCGUGAAAGCUACUAGUAAAGCUGGCGAAGUUGAAGGAAAAGCAACAUUAACAAUAAAGCAAGCAACUUAUAUCGGUAUAAAAGGUGAAGAUCUUAUCUUAUCCAUUACUGGUACGGGUAAUCCUCAUCCUGAAUGUAAAUGGUUUAAAAACAAUACUGAGAUGACAACAAGCGCUGAUCGAAUUAUAUUUAAAGAAGAUGUAAAGACUGGAGAAUACUUUCUUAUCAUUAAAAAUUCUACUCAAGAAGACAUUGCAGAAUAUCAAUGUCAAUUGACGAAUGCGGCCGGUCUGAUUAAAUCCAAAAAAUCUAAAGUAACAAUUCAGAAAGCACCACAAUUUGUUAAAAAACCACAAUCAGUGACUGUUAAUCAAGCGGAACAAGCGAAAAUAGAAUGUCAAGUCGAUUCAUUUCCUCUUGCUAAAGUCACUUGGUUACAAGGUGGCAAACCGCUUUCUCCUAAAGAUGGUUUUGAAACGAGUUUUGAUUCCAAGACUGGUAUUGCUACACUUAUCGUCAAAAACGUUAAUGUUAAACACUCUGUGCCAAUAACCGUUCGUGCAGAGAACACAGCUGGUACAGCUGAAGAAAAUACGUCGAUCAAUGUUCGCUCGGCACCGAUUGUGGCAAAACCACUUACCGAUACCGAAGUUAUUUCGAGUCAAGAUGCAACGUUCACGUGUGAAUUUACAGCAUCACCAACCGCCACCGUCCAAUGGUUAAAAGAUGGCAAACCCAUUACACCAUCGCCAACCAAAUAUAUAGUCUCAUUUGACGAGAAAACCAAUAGUCAUAAGCUUGUGGUUAAAAGUUCGUCUCCACAAGAUGAAGGAGUUUACAGUGCCCAAGCAACAAACGAUUUGGGACAGGUUGAAACAAAAGCAAAAUUAAACGUUACCAUUCCACCCGAAUUUAUUAGUGGACUUCAAGAUAAAACGGCCAUAGCCAAAGAUACUACUGAAUUAACCAUCAAAGUCAUUGGUGCACCACAGCCAACGUUGACGUGGCUUAAAAACGGCAAAGAAAUUAAACCAGAUAAUAAGAAAUAUUCCGUUAUACCAUUGGAUAAAGAUGGAAAUGCUAAGUUAAUCAUCAAAGAUACACAGGAGGAUGAUCAUGGACAAUAUUCUUGUGUGGCAAAAAAUAAAGUUGGUACAAGUCAAAGUGAUUGUACUUUGAAAGUAACAGCACCAUUAAGUUUUAUUCAACCGUUGCAAGAUACAGAUGUUUUGAAUGCACAAAAUGCAACGUUUACAUGUGAAGUACAAGGAAUACCCAAAGCAAAUAUCAAAUGGUAUUUCAAUGACUCUGAAUUGAAAUCGACGCAAAAACAAACGAUUGGCAGCAAAGGAAAUGUACAUACAUUAACGAUUACACGAGCUGAUCAAACUGAUGCGGGUGUUUACAAAGCAGUGGCUGAUAAUGGCACUGGUACACCAGUGGAAACUUCAGCAAAUUUACUCGUAGGAAGUAAACCAAAAGUUGAAGGCAAACCAGUUGAUCAAACAGUCAGUGUUGAACAACCAGCUGUUUUAGAAUGUACAUUCUCCGGAUUUCCAAAACCUGAUGUCACUUGGUUCAAAGAUAAUGUUCCUUUGACUUCUACACCUGACAAACGUAUAGAAAUUCGUGAAGAUAAACCAAAUAUUCAUUCACUUCACAUUAAUAGUACACAAUUAGAUGACAAAUCUAUUUAUACAUGCAAGGCGAAAAAUCGUUUUGGUGAAACUGAAGCUAAGAUUAAUCUUAAUGUUAAUUCUAUCAAACCAACCAUUGUUCAAGAUUUGACUGAACAACAAACUGUUGAGAAAAGCAAACCUUUAGUCUUACAGGUUCAAAUUACUGGCACACCAACACCAACGAUAAAAUGGUUUAAAGGAAACGAAGAAAUUCUACUAACAAACAAGGAUUAUCAAAUUACUUUUGAUAAUAAACAGACGUAUACGUUGACUGUACCAUCGUGUCAACCCGAACAUCAGGCCGAAUAUUCGUGUCAAGCAACAAAUGCCGGUGGACAAGUUAAAUCGAAAAAAACAAAAGUCACUGUGCAAAAAGUACCAGAAUUCAUCAAAAAACCAACAGAUCAAGUCGUUAAAGAAGGACAACCGGUUGUUUUUGAUGCUCAAGUCGAUGCUUAUCCACAACCAAAAGUCACUUGGUUACGCAAUGGAAAACCAUUAACACCUGAUCUUGGCUUUGAAAGUCAAUUUGAUGCUAAAACAGGUCAAAUAACAUUGAAACAUAAAUCGAACACGACAAAACAAGCUGGUGAACUUGUAUGUAGAGUGGAAAAUGCAGCAGGAACAACGGAUGCUUCGGUGACACUCGAUGUACAAGCUUUACCGGUAAUUACGAAAAAAUUAGUUGAUCAAGAAGUUAUGGUUAACAAUGAAAUUCGUUUUGUUGCCGAAAUUACGGGUAGUCCUCAGCCGACAAUAACAUGGCUGAAAGAUGAUCAGCCUCUUAAAGCAGAUGAUAAUCAUAUUGUACAAACCGAAGGUAAUUCUCAAAUAUUAAUCAUUAAAAAUGCAAAAUCUACCGAUGAAGGAAAAUACAAAGUGGUGGCUGAAAAUUCAUUGGGACAUGUUGAAAGUCAAGGAACACUUGCUGUCAAUGAAGAACCAAUGAUUGAUCAACCAUUUGGUGAUGUUACAUCGCCUGUCGGUACUGAUAUUCAUUUGACAUGUAAACUUAUUGGUGGUCGACCAAAAGCUCAAUUAACAUGGUUGAAAAAUGGGAAAGAGUUCAAGGGAGACGAUCGUCAUGUGAUAACAAUGCCUGAUGAGAAAAAUGGUGGUAUUUGUGAAUUGUUUAUCAAGAGUCUUGAUGAGACAGAUAAUCAAUCGAAAUAUACAUUAGUGGCUAAAAAUAAAUGUGGUACGAAAGAAAUUCAUUCAAAUAUCACGGUGAAAGCACCGUUAGAAUUCACUCAACCACUAAAAGAUCAGGAUGUUUUAUCGCAAUCAAAUGUCAUACUACAAGUAGAAACAAAUGGAAUACCAAAACCAACUGUUAAAUGGUAUUUUAAUGAUCAAGAAUUGAAAAAUACACCGAAGACAAAAACGGAGACAAAAGGCAAUGUACACACAUUAACAUUAAAUAAGGUUGAUUUACCAGAUGAUGGUAUUUACAAAGCGGUAGCUACAAAUCCGGAUGGAACUGUAGAGACAAAAGCACAUGUUUCCGUUUGCACUAAACCAAAAGUAGAAGGAAAGGUAACUGAUGUGACAACGACAAUUGGCGAAGGUGCUGAAUUAAAAACAAAAUUCAGUGCAAUACCAAAACCACAAGUUACAUGGUACAAAGAAAAGGAUACUACACCUCUUAAACCAGAUGCCAACAUUGAUAUUGUAGAAUUAGAAGAUGGCACAUCGAUAUUGAAAUUUAAAUCCACUGAUCUUAUCAAUACUGGUGCCUACAUUGCUAAGGCAGUGAACAAAGUUGGUGAAGUUGAAUCGAAGAUAUCUCUAACUGUCAAAGAAAUAAAACCUACUAUCUUAAAUGAUUUAACAAACGUCACUGCUAAUCGAGAUGAAUCAGCUACAUUCACAUUAAAAGCAACGGGUAAACCCAAACCACAAGUGAAAUGGUUCAAAAAUGAUGAAGAAAUUCUACUAACAAAUCAAGAUUAUGAGAUAAUAGUUGAUGAAACGACAGAUACCUAUUCAUUGAAAGUGAAACAGUGUAAACCAGAACAUCAAGCAGAUUAUUCAGCAGUGGUGGGAAACACAGGAGCAACAAUCAAAUCGAAAAAAGCCAAAUUAAUUGUACAAAAAACUCCGGAAUUUGUUGAAAAACCUACUUCGUUAGAUGUCAAUGAAAAUGGAUUGGCUGAAUUUCGUUGUAAGGUUGAUUCAUAUCCAAAUGCUAAGAUAACAUGGUUAUUCGAUGGUAAGCCAAUAAGUCCAAAAGAGGGUUUCGAAGUACAUACAGAUCAAGCAACGGGUACAUCGGUAUUAACCAUAAAAACUGCACUACCAAAACAUACAGGAAAAAUAACAGUCAAAGCUGAAAAUCCAACAGGAACCAUUGAAGAAACUGUACAGUGUUCCGUUAAAACUGGUCCAAAGAUUACGAAGAAACCAACUGAUACAGAAGCAUUACUUCAUACCGAUGCCGUGUUUUCCAUCGAUGUAGCUGGAUCACCUAAGCCACAAGUAGAAUGGAUGCAUGGUGAUAAACCUGUCAAAGCAUCUCCCAAAUAUGAAAUAGUUGAAGAAGGUCUCACAACGCACAAACUAAUUAUUCAUGACAUCACACCGGAAGAUGAAUUGCCGUUGAAAAUUAAAGUAAAAAAUGAGCUCGGUGAAACAGAGACGACUGUUAAUCUUAAAGCACUUGAAACUCCUCGAAUUGAACCACAAUUACCAACUGAUCAAGAGGUUCUUUUGCAUGAAACAUUAACAUUGAAAUCAAAUGUAUUUGGUCGUCCAAAAGUUGAUGUUCAAUGGUUGAAAAAUAAUCAACCUUUGCAACAAAAUGAUCGAAUAAAAAUUACUCGUACGGCAGAAGAUGAAUGUCAAUUGACUAUAACCGAUGUCAAAGAAGAAGAUUUGGGAGCGUAUACAUUAUCAGUUAAAAAUAAAGUAGCAAAAACAGAUUCAACAGCAAACAUCAAAAUAACAGCUCCGUUGAAAUUUAAUACAACGCUCAAGGAUUUGGAUAUUGUUCAAAGUUCAAAUAGUGUUUUAAGCGUUGACUGUGACGGUGUUCCAAAACCAAAACUAACAUGGUAUUUUAAUGAUCAAGAGAUUAAAUCAAACCAGAAAACACGUAUCGAUACAAAAGGCACAAUAAGUACAUUAACAAUAAAUAAAGCAGAUUUUCCCGAUAUUGGAACGUAUAAAGUAGUGGCUGACAAUGGAAAAGAACGAGUCGACACACAAGCGAAUGUUGAUGUUUGUGUUAAACCAAAAUUAGAUUCGAAACCAGUAGAUGUUACUUGUCUAAUUAAUGAAACGGCAAAAUUAUCAGCAAAAUUCUCAGCUGUACCUGCUCCAACGGUUACAUGGCAUAAAAGUGAUGGUACACCCGUUGUACCCGAUGAUCGCAUUCAAAUCAUAACAGAUGAAACUGGACUAUCAACGUUGACUAUUAAAAAUAGUACAACUGGUGAUUCGGGACCAUAUUUAGCCAAGGCAACAAACAAAGUCGGUGCGGUAGAAGCCAAAAUUAAUCUAGCUGUCAAAGAAGUAAAACCAACUCUCAAAAAUGAUCUUCAGCCACAAACAAUUAAUGUUGAUGAUGAACUUAUUUAUCGUCUUGCUGUUGAUGGUCGACCUGCACCCACCGUUAAAUUUUUCAAAGACGGUAACGAAGUUGGUCCUGUUCUAUUAGAAGAACAUGAUAAUCAAUUGACAGCCGUUUUCCGUGUACCCAAAGCUCAAGUGACUGAUCAAGGUGAAUAUCAAGCAUCUAUAGAAAAUCCAGCUGGUGUUAUUAAGACAAAGAAAGUCAAAGUAACCGUACAACAAACGCCCGCUUUUUUGAAAACGCCUGAUGAUCAAUCGGUAAGCAUAGGAAAAGAAGUAAAAUUCGAAGCAAAAUUAUCCGGUGUUCCCACACCAAAAGUCACGUGGUUAUUAAAUGGAAAGCCUAUUCAAUCUAAUGCCGAUUUUGCAGUCACUUAUGAUGCGAAUACUCAAACGGCCUUGUUUACUAUUAAAAAAGCUGAUGCUGAUAAACAUGCGGGAGUAGUGACCUGUCAAGUUGAAAAUGCAGCGGGUAGUAUUACUCAUGAUGUAAAAUUAGAUGUAAAAGUUGGUCCACAAAUCACUAAACAAUUGAAAGAGGAGAGUGUUAUUAUGGGACAAAGUACUGUUUUAACUGUAGAAUCUGUAGGAAAUCCAUCACCAACAGCACAAUGGUUUUUUAACGAUAUACCAAUAGCAGCCGAUGAUCAACGUUACCAAAUAAUACAAAGAGAAAAUGUAUUUGAAUUGAAGAUUAAAGAUGCUAAAUCAACAGAUGACGGAAAAUUUAAAGUUGUUUUAACAAAUACAGAAGGAACAACAACAUCAGAAGCAAAAUUAAAUGUUCAUGUUCCACCUACCAUCGAUUCAUUAUCACCCAAAAUUGAAGCUGUUGCGGGGAGUGAAGUAGUUAUUUCAUGCAAAAUCAGUGGUCAUCCACGACCAGAAAUCACAUUCUUAAAAGAUAAAAAAGAUGUUACACUCCUAGAUGAUAAACAACGUUAUCGAAUCGAACAUGAUGGAGACCAAGUACGACUGAUUAUUUCUGAUGUCAAGGAAGAAGAUCAAGGCAAAUAUACCGUAAGAGCUAAAAAUCCAGCAUCAACAAUCGAAGAACAAACUGCAUUAGUUGUAACGGCUCCAUUACAAUUCACUGAUAAAUUAACUGACAUUGAUAUUGUAAGCGGUCAAAAUUUAACUCUCACUUGUCGUUGUCAAGGCAUACCAAAACCGACUAUUCAAUGGUUUCAAAAUGAUAUAGAAAUCAAAUCAUCUACUAAACAAAAGAUCGAAUCGAAACCUGAUGGUACUCAAACUUUGACCAUAAAUCGUGUUGAUCUUACCGAUGGUGGUCAAUUUAAAGUUGUUGCAACAAAUAAAGAUGGCACUACAUCGACUUCCUGUCUCGUUGAUGUUGUCAUGAAACCAAAAAUUGAGUCAAAACCCCAAGAUACUAAUAUCGUUAUCGGAGAACAAGCGACAUUAUCUGUCAAACUAUCUGGUAUACCAAAGCCGAAGGUUGAGUGGUUGAAAAAUGGUGUUCCAGUUGAUAUUGAUAAUAAACGAAUUCAAGUAGUAGAAAAAGAUGAUCAGUAUUCGUUGAUUAUUAAUGAUACGAACAUGGAAGAUAAAGCAGCUUAUACUUUAAAAGCAACGAACAAAGCUGGUGAAGUAGAAUCACCAAAAUUAAACUUGAAUGUUACAGCUGUAUUACCAAAAGUAAAAACAGAUCUUCAACCGACAUUGAACGUUACCAAAGGAGAACCAUUAGUAUUGACAUUGCAAGCCGAUGGAAAACCAAAACCAAUAGUGAAAUGGUUUAAGGGGGCUGAAGAAAUUAUUCCCAAUAGCGAAAAAGGAAUUGAGUGUAUAGAAGAAGGCGAUAACACUUAUAAGUUAGUCGUGAACAACGCAACAGAAAAAGAUAUUGGAGAAUAUAGCGCUAUCAUACAAAAUCAUGGUGGACAAGUCAAAUCCAAAAAGACAAACGUCACUGUUACAAAAUCGCCUGAAUUUAUUACAAAACCGAGUGAUACCACUGUAAAACAGGGUGAAACUACUACAAUCGAUUGUCGAAUCAAUGCAUUACCAUUGGCUAAAAUAACUUUACUCAAAGAUGGUAAAGCACUUACACCCAAAGAUGGUAUUGAACAAACGUUUGAUCAAGCAACACAACGUCUCGUUCUGACUGUAAAAAAUGCUCGUGUUGAUCAGACUGGUGAAUUUACCUUAAAAUUAGACAACUCAGCUGGCUCAACAGAAACUGCGUUUAAACUUAAUGUUACCUCUGCUCCCAACAUUGUCAAAACGUUGACCGAUCAAGAAUGUUUAUUGGGCAAAGAUGUUAAGUUGACAAUUAGUGCUGCGUCUAGUCCAACACCUACAAUAAAAUGGUUUAAAAACAACGUUGAACUCAAAGAUGACGAAAAGCAUAUAAAAAUAGUUAAAGUCAGCGAAGAAACAUAUGAAUUAAAUUUGUUAAAUGUUACGGUGGAUGAUGAAGCGACUUACAAGUGUGUUGUUAGUAACUCAUUAGGUGACAAAGAAACACAAGCAAAACUGACGGUCGUUGAGCCGACAGAUUUAGUUUGUGAUUUCACUGAUCAAACAAUACAAGUUGGUCAACCGGUUAAACUUGAAUGCCAUGUCAAUGGCAGACCUCAACCAGAAGUGAAUUGGACAAAAGACGGAAAAGAAUUAAAACCGUCGGAUCGUAUUGAAAUAACGAAAAAACCUGAUGGCACAUGCACAUUACUUAUUCAUAAUGCCACGCCAGAAGAUAAGGGAAUAUACAAAGUUAUAUGUAAAAAUAAAUUACAAACAAAAGAAGCUCAAGUUCAACUGAAUGUCACAUCACCAUUGAAAUUUAAUGCUCAACUCAAAGAUACAGUUGCACAAGUUGGAAGUAGUGUGACGUUGGAAGUCGAUUGUGAAGGUGUACCAAAACCGACUGUUAAAUGGUUAUGUAACGGACGUGAAUUAACGGCAUCACAAAAAGUUAAAAUGGAAGCAAAAGGCAAUAGUUACAAAUUAACAAUACCAAAAGUAGACAUUGGUGAUGCAGGCACUUACGAAGUGAUUGUCGAUAAUGGAAUCGAAAAGAUCAGUGGGAAAGCACAAUUAGAUGUUUGUGUUAAACCAAAAGUUGAAGGAAAGCCCGCUGAUGUCAGUUGUAACAUUGGUGAACAGACAAAAUUACAGUGUAAAAUAAGUGGUACCCCAGCUCCAACAGUAACUUGGUUAAAAGACGGUGCACCGCUUCAGCCAUCCGAUAAUGUUACACCUGUUGAGGAAAACGAUACUUAUUCACUUGUAUUCAAAACAACUGAGCUGACAGAUAAAGCAGCGUAUACUUGCGUUGCCACUAAUAUCGGUGGUACAACUGAAGUCAAAAUGAAUUUGAACGUCAAUCUAAUUAAACCUACAUUAAAAACUGAUUUACUUAAAGAUAUCGUUGCCGCGUCGAAUGAGCCAUUGCGCCUCACAAUAAAAGCAUCAGGUACAAAGCCGAAAGUUCAAUGGUUCAAAGAUGGUGAGGAAGUUAUUACCACCGUAGAAGAAGAAUAUGAAAUUAUUGAAGAAGAAGAAACUUAUACAUUGUUGAUCAAACGUGCUCAACCUAAAGAUAGUGGAGAAUAUCAGGCGGUUAUUUCAAAUCCAGCUGGACAAUUGAAAACGAAAAAGAUUAAAGUUAACGUGCAAAAAGCAGCUGAAUUAAAGAAAAAACCGCAACCUGAAGUGACCGUUAAUGAAGGUGAAACUGCCACGUUCGACUGUGAGUUUGAUGGACAUCCAACUCCGAAAGUGACGUGGUUGAAAGAUGGUAAACCAGUUAGUCCAAAAGAUGGAUAUGAAGUGAAAACGGAUACGGCCAGUGGAAGAAGUCAAAUUGUUAUUACGAAUGCAACAGCGAAACAUAGUGGUCCAUUAACAGUGAGAUUAGAAAAUCCUGCUGGACCUGCUGUCGAAGAAACAGUGCAAUUGAAUGUUCAGGCCGGACCACAAUUAUUGCAAAAACCAAAUGCAACAUGUGAAGCUCAUCUGAAUCAAGAUGCUGUUAUCACCUUUAAAUGUUUGGGAACACCAAAACCCACUAUUCGUUUAUUCAAGAGUGAUGUUGAAAUCGAUGUACUACAAAACACUGCUCACUAUGAAAUUACCCAAACAAGCACAGAUACAUUCGAAGUCCGUAUUAAAAAUGUACGUGUAGAUGAUGAGGGUCAAUACAAGAUUCGAAUUGAAAAUUCUCUUGGUCAAGUGGACUCCAAUGUAGUUCUGACCACUGUUGACGAUUGCCGAAUACAACCAUCUAAAACGCCUAUUAAAACUGACUUACAAGCGCAUGAUACAUUGACAAUGGAAUAUGUGGUCGAUGGUCGACCAAGACCCGAGUGUGUUUGGAUGAAGGAUGGCAAACAAGUUAAACCAGAUGCAAAAACUCAAAUUACCUAUGAUGAAAAAACAAAUAUUUGUCAACUGGUGAUAACUGAUGUAGCGCAAGAAGAUCAAGGAACAUAUCAUUUAAUAGCGAAAAAUAAAUUAAACAAAGCAGAAACAGAACCGAUAAAAAUCAAUGUGACAGCUCCGCUAGUUAUUAAAACAAAACUACCAGAAACACUAGAUGGAGUAGUGGGAGAAAAUGUAACACUGACAGUUGAAUGUGAUGGAAUCCCACAGCCAAAAGUCCAAUGGUUAUUUAAAGGUGAACCACUGAAAUCUUCUGUAAAACAUAAAAUUGAAAGCAAAGAUGGUAAUAAAUUAAACACUUUAACUGUGUCAAAACUGGAUGUUACUGAUAUGGGUCAAUAUACAGUAGUAAUUGACAAUGGCAUCGAAAAAGUGACAUCAGAAUCUACACUUUAUGUUCAUACUAAACCGAAAUUAGAAUCGAAACUUGAACCAAAUAUGGCCUUCAAUGUAGGUGAGACAGCAACAAUUCAAAUGAAAGUUAGCGGUGAGAAUAAUCAAAUUAGUUGGUACAAAGAUUCCGUCGAGAUAUCCGUUGAUCAACGAUAUCGAAUAACCGAAGAAAAUGGACUUUAUACAUUAACCAUUGAUGACUUGAAACCAGAAGAUAAGGGCACGUAUUCGUUAAAAGUAAAAAAUAAAGGUGGUGACUUAGAACUUAAAACAAAUAUAAAUGUCAAAGAAAUUAAACCACAACUAUUAACCGAUUUGAACGACUCACCAGCCGCUAACUCGGCUAAAAUUGGUGAAGAAUUUUCUUUAGAGAUAAAAGCAGGUGGAAAACCACGACCUCAGGUACAAUGGUUGUUCAAUGGUCAAGAAAUGCAUUCGUCCAUGGAAGAACGUAUAGAAAUUAUUGAAACAGAAGACACAUAUCGUCUUGUAUUUCGAUCGUUCGAUGCUCGAUUUGCAGGCGAAUAUCAAGCCGUUGUACAAAAUGGAGGUGGCAUUUUGAAAACAAAGAAGAUUAAAGUCACUGCUCAACAAGUUCCACAGUUUACGGAAGCUCCGCCACAACUCGUUACAGUUAAAACUGGAGAAAAAUUAUCAAUUGAAUGUCAAGCAAAAGGACAUCCGACACCAAAAAUAACAUGGCUUCGUGAUGGUAAAGUACUUACGGUGAAAGAUGGUUAUGAAAUUAAAGUUGAUCAAACCACUGGAAUUUCGUCACUGAUUAUUGCAAAUUCAACAAUAAAACAUGCCGGUGCUUACGAAUGUAAAAUUGAAAAUCAAUACGGAACACAUUCGUCAACAAUCAUGGUCGAUGUACUCGCACCACCCACUGUUCAACAAAAAUUACAAGAUUUCGAAAUUUUACGUGGUCAAGAAGUGACAAUAACUGUUACAGCAGAUGGUAGUCCACUACCUACGUGCGUAUGGUAUCACAAUGAUAAACCGAUAGAAGUGAAAGCAGAUCGAGUGAUCAUAACGGACGAUGGACCAACACAUAUUCUAAAAUUAUUAGAUGUUGAACUGGCAGAUGAUGGAGUUUACAAAGCAGUUAUAGAAAAUCAAAUGGGAAAAACAGAAUUAGUUAGCAAUGUUACAGUUAUGGAUGUUCCUGAUGUCUCUUCAGAACCGGUUGAUGUCAGUGUUCAACAAGGUGGUUCAUGUACAAUGGAAUGUACAGCAAAUGGUAAACCGCAACCACAAGUUGUUUGGACAAAAAAUGGCAAAGAAAUUAAAUCAAAUGAUCGUUUAACGUUGGAAGAUGAAGGCAAUGGUGUACAUCGUAUAGUAGUGAAAAAUGCUCAAGCCGAUGAUGCCGGAAAAUAUGUGGCUAAUGUUAAACAUAAAGUUCGACAACAACAAAUGACAUUCAAUGUUACAGUUUUAGAUCGUGAACAACAAUUACUGCAAAUUCAAACCCAAUUACGUCCUCUAUUUCUUCAAUUUGGUCAUCAAGAUAUUCCAUCCUCAUUGUAUAAUCUAUUAUUUUGUACUACCAAUGAUUCUUGUUUUCAGACACCAAAUGAUCAACUAACGGAAUGUCAACGUCUUCUAACAAAUCUAGCCAAUUAUUUAUUUACUAAUUCACAACGAAAAAUGGGUGGAGGAAAACAACCAUUGAGAUAUAAUUGGCCUGAUGUAAUUAAAAUUAUUUACCAAAUACGAUUUCCACAAAUAACUUCAACAAAAAUUGAAGAUUAUAUCGAUGGUUAUUUUGUACAAUUAACUGAUAUUAUACGUUAUUCUAAAUAA